AGGGGCGGCCCCGCCCGUGCACACACAGCCGCAGGAGAGGGAACGCCGCUCAGCGCAUCAGCCAAUCGGCGGCCAGAGCGGUGGAGCCGGGCGGGCUGCUUUGGCUGGUGGCCAAUUGCCGCGGCCCCUGGGCUGAGCCUCCUCCUCUCUCCCCUCCCCCGAAUGUAGCUAGAGCCGCCGCGGCCAGCGAGCGAAGCGGCCGCCACGCAGAGCUGCGUUGGGUGCGGGCUGGUUCGGCUGGUCCGGAGCGAGUCGCGGCUGCAGCGCGCAGGAGGCGGCGGCUGGGACUCGGGUCCCCCCCCCGCGGCGUGAAGCCUCCGAUGGAGACGUUCCCCCCCGGCAAGCUGGAGCAGCACCAGCCCGUGGAGUUUUUGCAGGGCGCCCGCUACGGCGCCAAGAGCCACCCCGCGUACGGGAACGCGUUCAACUCCUGGAACGACUAUCUGGGGCUGGCCACGCUGAUCACCAAGGCCGUGGACGGGGAGAAGGGCUUCGGGACCGAGCCCCGCUCCGUGGUGGUGGCCGCCGCCGUGCAGCCGGCUCUGGAGGAGGAGGACGAGGAGGAGGAAGAGGACGACGACGAGGAGGAGGAGGAGGACGCGGGCCCCCCCUAUUUCGAGGGCGCCUUGCACUUGCACGACUUGGACCUGUGCAGCCACCACCACGGCGAGCGCUUCCUGGAGGAGCGGUUCGCCGACUUCAGCCCCUUCUCCGGCCGCGCCAGCCCCGCCGCGCUGGUGUUCAACUGCUCCCCGGCUCACCUGCCGCGGGACCGCUCCCCGCACGCGUGGGGCGGCGGUGGGCGGCUCCCGGCGCCCCAGAAGCCCGGCUCCCGGCUGCUCAAGCCGGAGCUGCAGGUCUGCGUCUUCUGCCGGAAUAACAAAGAAGCCGUCGCCCUCUACACCACUCACAUCCUCAAGGGACCCGACGGCCGGGUCUUGUGCCCGGUGCUGCGGAGAUACACGUGCCCCCUCUGCGGGGCCAGUGGGGACAAUGCCCACACCAUCAAGUACUGCCCCCUCUCCAAAAUGCAGGCCAGUGCAGCCAAGCAGCAGCUCAGAAACGCCCGGACCGCCUUGGGCAAGAAACUCCGCUAGGGGGCUGCAGCCUCCUGGCCUCGGGACUGUUCGGUUUGCUGGCGAUGGAUUUGUUGGGUUGGUGGCUUUUUUUUUUGUUUGUUUGUUUUUGUUUUUUUUGUUUUCCCCCUUUCGACUGAGGCCGCUUCAGUAGAAAGUGACCCGACAGCAGUUUUCUGUGUGGCCCACAAAAAAAGACCCUUUCCCAUUUUUUUUUUUUAAAAGUGUCUUAAAGCGGAUUGCAUUUUGUUCUCUUUAACACAUUAAUAUAUUCAACGUGGGGGACUAGAAUGUAAAAAGCUCCUUGGCUUAUGUACUAUAAUGAUAGUUUCUAGUUUGUAUACUCAGCAUCCAGGGAAGCUGGGCUCUGAAGUUAAUUCUAUAUCAUUAAUUAUAAAUAUGCAGUUUAGAUGCACUGUAUUUGUUUAUUGUAUAAUAUAUAUAACUCUAAUUUUUAAAAGGGGGGUAAGAUGAAAUUGAAUGGUAGAGAGCUCCCAGGGGGGCGUUUAUGUUGGUUUAUUGGAGAGGAGGCAUUUUUAAAAAAUUUUUUACAGAAUCUCUGAAGAAAAGGCCUCUGUACUGCUAAGCAAAUGAAUUUCUGUUUUUGCAGUAUCCUAGCCAAACUAAGCAUUGAUGUUUUUAAAUUUUAUGUUUUAAGAGUGAGCUCGACCGGGUAGGGAGGGGAAUUCUGCUGUAUUUGGCUGCUCGUGGUUGUGUUUGCACUGUCCUCUAACAAAACAACGUUGUCUGUAAGUAGGUAGUACGAAUUGUUAGUUACUAAUGUUUGUGGGGAUUUUGAGAUCAGGAAUGAUCAUAUGACACUUUUCCGUGUUGGGGGAGCUCCCCUUUGUGUUCACAAGUUCUUUUGUAUUAAUCUAGGAUUCUUGUUUUUCUUUUCCCCUUCCCUUAGUCUAGAAAUUAAUUUUUAUUCCUCUAAAUUCCCUUUCCCUCCCUCCCACCCCCCAGCCAAAAAUAAACACUGUCGAGAUUGUAAAGCCCCAUACUGGCCACAGGUGGCAAUGGUGCUGUUUAAAUUUGAAUUUUUGUUUUCUAGAGUGAAGUAAAGGCGUCACAAAUUUGA